AUGGUAGAAGCCUUUGGCCGGCGCACUCUACACAUGAGCCUGGAAUUCCAGCAUCCUUUCGCCCUUACUACCCAUAAGACUUCGCAAGGGCGUCACACCCAUGCCAGAAUUCAGUACUUGAGGCCAGCCCUGAACUCUCACCUUCGGACAGACCUGCCCAAGAAGUGGACUUGGUUUGGAUGCGUUUGUCACCAAUUCGCGGAUUCCAAUGAGGGCGGGUUGCCUGGUCGUCUAAGGUGUCUAGGAGUGACUGCAGAAUCUGACCCCGUAACGGAUUACUGCCUGGAGGGCUUGGGAUACUGCAAUACAUGGCCAGUCGCAUCACCAACGAAAUGUCGGAUCGGGAUUAUGGGUUGGUUGCUGGCAUGCCGCCAAUCAUAUCAAGAAGGAAUGCACAUCCUUUACGGAACAAAUACCAUUCGCAUCGCAUCAUCAGUCUUGCACCAAAAUCUUCAAAGAAUAUUUUCCGAGGCAACACUCUCGCUUUUAACAUCUUUAGACCUAGUAUGGGACCCGGUGCAGUUGUCUCUAGCCUCUGGCUUCGUUGGAGAAGACGAAGCCAACGUGUCAUGUGAAACAAGACCGCCAGUUUUUCCCUCGAUGAUAAGGCCACAAAUAUCCUUUCGAGGAGGCAAUGAUAUUCAAAGAGAAAAGGCCUUGGGAGUUGAUUGGAAAUACACAAAUGAAGAACAGCUUUCACAAACUCUGAACAACCAGGUAUUGCCUAUGGUUGAUAGCCUUGUUCAACGGCUGGUACCGCCGACAACAGAUGUGACGUUUCAAUGCCCAACUUGGGCCUGGUAUAAACUUAUGGACUCACUCUUAGUCGAGACCCAAGGCCUGCAAGCUACCAAACCUCAGCGAGGAGAUCUUGGUGGACUAAAAUGUUGGCGACAGACUACUGCCGAGUUAUCGGCUUCUUCAAUUUUCCCUGAUGUGGUUCAGCAUUGCAGUGGGGCAAAGGCCGCCGAGGAUUAUUCAAUUUCUGGAAUAUGGGUUCAUAUUAGUUCGAAAGAUGUUCAGCUAGGAAAUAACGCUACCUAUGAUCAUGCGCGCUGUACAUUGUAUGGCCUUAGAGAACUCGAGUUUUGUAGUUCCUAA